GAAGCCAUUAAGACCUGAGGAAGCAACAGAAGUUCGUUCUGCUCUUUGUCGUGCCCUGUAUGGUUCUUUAUUUAAUAAAGUUGUUAAUUUAACAAAUAAGAGUAUAGGAUUUGUAUCAACAGCAGCAGCAGCAGCAGCAGCAGCAGAACAGCAACAACAACAACAACAACAACAACAACAACAACAGGAAGACCCAUCAUAUAACCCAUCAAUAGGAUCAGGAGGAGGAGGAACAUUAGGAGGAGUAAAAAAAAAAGGAAAAGAAGAAGAAAAGAAUAAGAAAGAAGAAGAAAUAUUAUUUUGUGGUGUAUUAGAUAUAUUUGGAUUUGAAUGUUUUAAAGAAAAUUCAUUUGAACAAUUAUGUAUAAAUUAUACAAAUGAAUGUCUACAAGAAUAUUUUAAUUUAUUUAUUUUUUUAUACGAAGAAGAAUUAUAUAAAAAAGAAAAAAUUAAUUGGUCUUCUUUAGAUUUUCCUAAUAAUCAGGAUUGUGUACAAUUAUUACAGCAUAAAACUAAUGGUAUAUUCUCUCUUCUUGAUGAGGAAGGAAUUAUACCAGGAGGUAGUAGCAAGAGUUUCUGCCAGAAGCUAAUCAAGAGGUACACCAGCAGCAGCACCAGCAGCACCAGCAGCAGCAGCAGCAGCAGCAGCAGGAGCAGUAGUAGUAGUACUGCUGCUGGUGCUGGUGGUGGUGGUGGUAGUGGUGGUGGACCUGCAAGCAGAUUUAGUAUAAAUAAGAGGAAACCUAAUUGUUUUAUAGUAAGACAUUUUGCUGGUGAUGUUGAGUAUACAAGUGAUGGAUUCUUAGAGAAAAACAAGGAUAUAUUAAAUAUAGAUCUACAAUUAUGUAUAAUUUCUUCAUACGCUGUUAAGGAAUAUAGACCUCUAUUAUUAAUUAAUAAUAAAUAUAUACAUAAUAUUAUUAUUAAUAUACAAAAAGAAUUAUAUUAUGCACAACAACAUGAUGCAACAGGAGAGGAAUACCAACAACAGCAGCAGCAACAACUGCAACAAGGAGCAGCAGCAGCAGCAGGAGGAGGAGGAGGAGGAGCAGGAGGAGGAGAGCAACAAAGAAAAAGAUGGAAAGAAGCAGCAAUUAUAUUACUAAAAGAAUUAGAUAUAUCUUUAUGUCUUAGUGGAUAUAAAUAUACAAAUAAUAUACAAGAAAAAGGGGGAGAAAAAAAAGGAGAAAAUAAGGAAAUAAAUAAACAAGAACAACAAGAACAAGAAAAAGAACAAGAAGAAAAAGAAAAAGAAGAAGAAAAAGAAGAAGAAAAAAAAGAAGAAAUAAGGACAUGGGCAGAUAAGAAGAAGUUUUAUAAGAUUACAGGCAUUAUUACGUGGGCGCAUGCAGAGGCAGCAGCAGCAGCAGCAGCAGCAGUACGAUGCUGCUGCUCGUAUACAAGCAACAUGGAGGAUGUAUGGAAGCGUCAGCUAGCUAUCCGUCAAUUACGACGUCUAAAGGCGGAGGCAAGAGAUGUUGCUGGACUUGUUAAACUUGUACAGGGUCUGAAGCAGGAGCUGGCAGACGCCAGGCAGCAGGCAGGAGAGGCAGAGACUCGCGAGCUGCAGCAACAGGCUCGUGCUGACGAUCUGCAGAAGCAGCUGCAGGGAUCGAAGAAGGAGGCGACAGACUUCAAGGCAGAACUAAAAGCAAGAACAGAUUAUAUUGUUGAGAUCCAGAAGCAAUUGGAGUGUCUGCGUGUGCUGCUGAGUAGUAACGAGAGUGCAGCAGCAGCAGCAGCAGCAGCAGCAGCAGGAAGUAAGCUAGAAGAAGCAAUAGAAGCAGCAGCAGCAGCAGCAGCAGCAGAGGAAGGACAUAAAAUAAAAAUAAUAAGAAAAGGAAUAAAUGAGGAAAUAAAAGAAAUAAAUAAAUUAAUAAAAAAAAAGGAGACAGAUGCAGCAGAUAAGCAGCAGCAACUGCAGCAACUGCAGCAGCAAUUCGAGCAACUGCAGCAGCAACUGCAGCAAGAGCAGCAGCAACGCCAAUUAGCAGAAGCAAAAUAUAAAUUAGUAUUAGAAGACAGCAGCAUGAAGGGUUUACCAACAGCAGCAGCACCAGCAGCAGCAGCAGCAGCAGCAGCAGCAGGAGCAGCAGCAGGAGCAGCAGGAGGAGCAGCAGGAGGAGUAGGAGACCCGCAUAACGACUCAAUAAAUGCAACAACAGCAGCAGGUGCAGCAGCAGCAGCAGUAGCAGCAGCAGGAGGGCGUAGUAUAAUAAAAAAAGCAUCCUCCUCUAUACACCAGGACACAAUAUGUGAUCGUAGAUUCAUAGAUCUGCUGCUGCUUGGACCCCACAAGACAGGGAAGAGACACUUGCUGCUAGCAUUAGCGCAGCAGCUAGGAGACACACAAGCAGUGCAGCAACUGCAGCAAUAUACACCACCUAUAGAGGGAGGAUCUUAUGAUACUCUUGUUAGGCCAUGGCUAGAGGCAGUUGCUGCAUAUAGGCGCAGCAGCAGCUUAUCUUAUCCGCAGCAGCAGCAGCAGCAGCUGCAGCAGCUGCAGCUGCUGCGGUUACAGCAGCAACAUAGUAAAAUGUUAUUACAACAACAAUUACAACGUAAUAAUAUCAGCAGCAGCACCAUCAGCAGCAGCAGCAGCACCACCACCACCAGCAGCAGCACAAGCAGCAGCAGCAGCAGCAGCAGCAGCAGCAGCAGCAUGGCCCUUAAGGCCUCGCACUCCUUCCCCUCCUCUCUUGUUGAUACUAUUAGAUCAUUCAUGGCUGCAAGAAAGAGGAGCACAGACACAGGAGGAAGAGCAGCAAGACUGCAGCAAGAAUUACAAUUCUUGCUUCCUUCUGUUCCUCCUGCUGCUUCUGCUGCUGCUGCAGCAGCAGCACAACCACCACCUUUAUCAUCACCAUGUGAUGGUGUUGUUCCUCUUGUACAAAUCAAUGAGAAGGAGGAGGAGCUACAAGAAGCAGUAACAUGUCUUGUCUUUGGUUCAUCUAAUACAGCAAAAGGAUAUACAUUAUUAGCAGCAGCAAGAAAGACAGGAAGAAUUACGGUGUAUAGGAUCUAUCCUCCUCAGCCAGCAGCAGCAGCAGCAGCAGCAGCAGCAGGUGGUGGUGCAGCAGGGGGAGGAACAACUCCUAGAGGUGAUAAGGUUGAUGGUUCAGCAGCAGCAGCAGGUACUGCUGCUGCUGCUGCUGAUCCUGCAAACAUGCAACAAGAUAGCAGCAGCAGCAGCAGCAACUGCUGCAACAGUAACUGCAACACGGGUAACUGCUGCUGCAGCAGCAACAACAGCAGCAGCAGCAGCAGCAAUAGAACAGAACAAGACGAUCUAUUAGUAUCUAAGAUGUCUCCUCUUGCUGCUGCUGCAGAUACAGUCAAGAUUCAUUGCCAGAUGGUAAGACAACAAGGAGACUAA